AUGUUUUCUGAAAUUUUAAAAUAUCUUACUUCUUGUAAUAUUUGUAAGAAAAGAAAUGUAGCUCCAAAGAUUGACCCCCUUUUUCGCAUUGUUACCAAUGAUAUGCCUCUUCAUACAAUCUCAUCUAAUAUUAUUGGACCAAUGUCUAAUUCGAACGGAUAUAAAUACCCUUUAAAUGUUUCUGAUAAUGCUUCAAGAUUCUUGUGA